AUCCCCCAACCAUCCCAUUUCUAAUCUGCACUUCCACCCGUCUGCAUGAUCCCCGCACACAGCAGGCCACAGUAGCCAGCUGUUGGAUUAUUGCCACGGUUCUAUCUCAUCGGGGAAGGCGUGUCACUCCCCGAAUUACCCAGCGCCCCUUUGUCCUCGAUCGGUGCCCAGCCAGCGACACUCAUGGCGGCUGCACCCGUCAGGCAGCGCUCCGGGCCAGGGGGACCCCGGGCGCAGCUCCCGCCCUGCUACUACGAAGGAUACCUGGAAAAGCGAGGACCGAAGGAGAAGGCAUCCAGGCGGCUGUGGACCUGUCUGUGCGGGAAUUCUUUGUAUUUCUUCAAUAACGCCAAGGACAGCCAUUUUGUGGAGAAGCUGGACCUCAGUGGGUUUGUGUCCCUGAAGGACGACUGCAGCCGGGACAGAAACCUGGAGGCAGCCAGACUCAUCCUGCGCAUGAAGGACGGAGAGACCAAAAUCACAGCCCCUAACUUGGAAUCAAGGGAGCUGUGGAAAGGUUUCCUCUACUCCGUUGUAGAUCUGAAUGUACCAUCCUAUCUCACGUUGCUGCCUGGCCAGCUGCAGAUGCUGAAGGAGGUGGUGGACAAAGAAAGAUCCAGGAGGAGAACCCGCACCCCCACACGCGCUCCUCCCUCACGCGCUCCUCCCUCACCCCUCUCCGUGCCUUUAGUAGGGGAGAUCCCACCGUGUUUCCGACCGGUGUCUCGAACAGAGGCGGAAGUCCUUUUAGAGAGACACCCAGACUGUGGCAACAUGCUGCUCCGUCCAGGAAGAGACGGGUGCUCAUUGGCUGUCACGACUCGCCAGGACCUCAAUGGGUCAGUGUUCAGACAUUACCGUGUGACUCAGAGGGACCAAGGUGGUUACAUCAUUGAUGUAGAAAAUCCUAUUCCCUGUGCUACCCUUCACGAGGUCAUCGACGCUCUGGUAGAGAAGACGGCAGGAACUCUGCAGCCUUUCCUCCUGGAGGAGCCUUACGAAGAAAAUAUCACAUAUGUUUCUGCCAAUGAUGAGAAUGGAGAAAGGAUCCUCCACACUGCCCCCUCCAGCCCCCUGCCAAAGGCUCCUGCCCUGCCUCCAAAACAAGGUUUGUCUCGGUCACAAAAAACAACAUGCAGACACUCGCAGACUGACAGAAGUAUUCAUCCUUGCUUUUCUUCUGGUGCAGAUCGCUGGCCCAGCAGCCCCCUGAACAGGUCACCCGCCCCAGACCGCCGUAUCCUGACCUCAUCAGUGCCGGCCUCGCCCACCAACCCAAUGAGAAGACUCAUCCUCUCCCCUUCACCUCUCGCACAGACUUUCAAUGAGGAACUCAAAAGGAAGCUGGAGAAGAGACGAGCCAGUCAGGAGUGAUUGACUCAUCAUGAGGAACAACCUUCUGUCACUCAAUCUUCAGUGCCAAAACCCUUCUUACCGCAGCUAUGUAUUUAUCCUGUGCCUUCUAGGUGGAAGACAAGGGACUAUAAAUAUUGCCACUUUCUCUAAGGGAGAUACAAAACGUUGGACUGAUUAAAUGGACUUUAGUUGGCUUGUUAAGAGCAAGAUUGCCUAGAAAACACUGGAUUAGGUUCAUAAAAUGCCUUGGUUGGGGUAACAAUCCACUGGUGCUUUGUCCACAAAAAGCUGUUUACAAACUGCAUCUGAGCAAAAAUAAUAGUGCCACAACAAAUGAUUUCCCUUCAGAAUACAGCCCACACUGACUCAAUAUGACUGGCAGCUAAAAAAAAAAGAAGAGAGAAGCACUGACACAAACCGGACCACCUACUGAGCCUGAUGUUUUCUCGUCUGAGCCCCUGUCUGAGCUGCUGAUGUGACUGCUGCACCACUGAAGACUAAGAACACAAACAAACCUAAGACUGCCGAGAUCAACACCGGAACAACAAACUCUGACCUGAGACUCUUUAUCUGCUCUGAAAGUCAAAUAAGCCAGGCAUGAUCAGGUUUCAGUUCAGCAAUUCUGUUCCCUCACCUCGUCAUAUGAAACAUGCCUGAAAAAAGAUAUUGUCUGAAUACAGAAAACAGCUGGCCAGAAAACUGCACAAUCUCUGCCUGCUGCUCAUGAGUGCUAUUUGUGAUAUAUAAGCAACCAUUAAUGUAUUGUUGAUUCAGUGACACUGUUGUGGCUCAUCAAUGACUCAACUUUAACCAUACUGUUAGUGCUUAUUUUAAAGUCUUUCCUUAUUCUCUGCCAAUGUGUUUGUGCUACUGUAUGAAUGGAGAUUCCAGAUGAUUUCAAUACUUUCUCAAGAAAAUCUAUUUACUGUACUAAUAUGAGGUUGCCCUCUAGUGGAAUAUCUUUUAACUCAAUCGGCAGAAACUAAAAAAGCACAGUGUUUGGAUAUGAAGUACAUUUUUUUAUGUUACAGUCCAAACCCAGCAAAGACUUUUGGCUUCAUCACAAUAUGUUGCCAUGCCCUACCUCUCUACCUUUAAUAAUGCAAUUACAAUUUAUUACAGGUCUGAAGGAGCUUAAACAAUAACAACAUGUAUUUCUACAUUGACAUUAUGUCAAUUUGCAAGUAUAUUUGAAGUCCGUGAAUAUUUGUGGCAAACUGUGAUCAAUAAGUGUCCUCUUAAAAUGAACAGUUUCUUGUAUGUUUGUACAUGAUGUGUUGUGUCUACUUGAUCACUAUCAAAGAAUAGUGUUUGUUAGAUAUCAAGUGCAUUAAAUGUUUUUUGCAUGGAU